UAUAAUUCAAUGGUCUUAUCAAGUUAUAACCAAAAAAAAAAUGGCUACUGCAUGUGUUUUAUCAUCAAAUGAAGCAAACUCAGUAGAGUUAUUUGUAACACACUAGAGACAUUAUAAAGUAAAGUUAUUUGAAGGAUAAAAUCCCACGAUGAAAGUAUUUAUAGUUCAAAGUAUUUUUUAAGUACAUGAAAUAUUCUCUCUUAUUUACUUUUUGACUGACACAUCUGUACAGGUUUUACGCACAGUUACAAAUUUAUUAGAUGAUUGUGUUCAUUAGAUAUUUAUUAUAUUAUAAUUUACUCUUGAAAAGUUUAUUCAGAGUCUCAUUACUUGGAAAUUCAAGACAUGAUACAAUGAAACAAUACAAUCAUGUGGAUGAUUAAAAAUGAAAUAAGUAGUUCAAAUGCAUCGAGACAAGAUUUAUCGGCUAAAUGACAAGACCUCAAUAAAUGCGGAUGGAUGUGACUGAUUGCACGUACAAAUGUUGUAAUUCUUCACCUUACACUUUCAAAUACAUGGAUACUUAUCCUUCAGACAAUCUACAAAUAUUUUCAUGGCUAGUGGUGAUCAAAAAUAUAGAUGAACCUGUUUUUAAGUUAGGCUAUGGAGCUCUCAUUCAUCCACGAAUUGUAAUCACCUCGGCAUUAACGAUUCAAGGAUUUUCUUCACAAGAUUUAGUGAUUCAAACAAACUGUUCUAUCGCUAAUUCAUGGGUCCUAUCAAAUUGUAUUGAAAGAAGAGUUAUAGAAAUUGGAAAUGAACAUUCAAUUCACAAUUAUGGAAAAAAUGAUUAUGUUUUUUUAAUUUUAGAGAACCCUUUUCUGGUGGAUGUUAUUAAAAUAGCGAGUGACGUUAAUAACAUCAAUCAAAACAAUUGUUCUUUACUCAGAUGGAUGCGGGAAGUAAGCAGAGAUUUCCCAGUAAGGGAAUUAGUAACAGUUAAAUAUGAUACGUCAUUUAAUAAUGGACAUCUAAAUGUGAAUAGCUUAAAUCCAAAACAAUUAAUAACUGACAGAGAUUUUAUUAUUUCACGAAAGUUUCAUUCCCAAAUAAUAACUGAUAAAAUUAAGGAUCAAAAUUUUUUGGAUUUCAUGGGAAGUCCUUUGAUUUGUCAAGAUCAAACGAAUCCUGAGAAAUACCUUUUAGCUGGGAUAGGAACUUUUAAUUUAAGAAUUAUUAUAUUAUCUUAUAUAAUAGAGAUAAUUCUUUCAAUUGGCGAAAAGAAUGUUACUCAAGAAGGAUCACUAAUUAAUAUUAUUAAUUAUUCUAAGGGAAUUGAAGAAUAUAUCAGUCAUAAAAAUCUUUCAUUAGCUACUAAUUCAAGUAAACCUACAAUAUAUACCUUCUGAGAGGUCGAUUUCUUUUAUUCUUAUUUUGAUAUGAUAAAUGAAGUAUUACAAGUAUA